AUGACAAACCAGGAAAAAUGGGCCCACCUCAGCCCCUCAGAAUUUUCCCAGCUUCAGAAAUAUGCUGAAUAUUCUACAAAGAAAUUAAAAGAUGUUCUUGAAGAAUUCCAUGGUGAUGGUGUGCUUGCAAAGUAUAAUCCUGAAGGGAAACAAGACAUUCUUAAUCAAACAAUAGAUUUUGAAGGUUUCAAGCUAUUUAUGAAGACAUUCCUGGAAGCUGAGCUUCCUGACGAUUUCACAACACACCUUUUCAUGUCAUUUAGCAACAAGUUUCCUCAUUCUAGUCCAAUGGUAAAAAGUAAGCCUGCUCUCCUUUCAGGUGGUCUCAGAAUGAAUAAAGGUGCCAUCACCCCUCCCCGUACUUCUCCAGCAAAUACGUGUUCCCCAGAAGUAAUCCAUCUGAAGGAUAUUGUCUGUUACCUGUCUCUCCUUGAAAGAGGAAGACCUGAGGAUAAACUGGAAUUUAUGUUUCGCCUCUAUGACACGGAUGGAAAUGGCUUCCUGGACAGCUCGGAACUAGAAAAUAUCAUCAGUCAGAUGAUGCACGUGGCUGAGUACCUUGAAUGGGACGUCACUGAACUUAAUCCAAUCCUCCAUGAAAUGAUGGAAGAAAUUGACUAUGAUCAUGACGGAACGGUCUCUCUAGAGGAAUGGAUUCAAGGAGGGAUGACAACAAUUCCACUUCUUGUGCUCCUGGGCUUAGAAAAUAAUGUGAAGGAUGACGGACAGCAUGUGUGGCGACUCAAGCACUUUAACAAACCUGCCUACUGCAAUCUUUGCCUGAACAUGCUGAUCGGCGUGGGGAAGCAGGGCCUCUGCUGCUCCUUUUGCAAGUACACAGUCCACGAGCGCUGUGUGGCUAGAGCGCCUCCUUCUUGCAUCAAGACUUACGUGAAGUCCAAGAAGAACACUGAUGUGAUGCAUCAUUACUGGGUUGAAGGCAACUGCCCAACCAAGUGUGACAAGUGCCACAAAACGGUUAAAUGUUACCAGGGCUUGACAGGACUACAUUGUGUUUGGUGUCAGAUCACACUGCAUAAUAAAUGUGCUUCUCAUCUAAAACCUGAAUGUGACUGCGGACCUUUGAAGGACCAUAUUUUACCACCCACAACAAUCUGUCCAGUGGUAUUGCAGACUCUGCCCACUUCAGGAGUUUCAGUCCCUGAGGAAAGACAAGCAACAGUGAAAAAGGAAAAGGGUGGGUCCCAGCAGCCAAACAAAGUGAUUGACAAGAACAAAAUGCAAAGAGCCAACUCCGUUACUGUGGAUGGACAAGGCCUACAGAUCACUCCUGUUCCUGGUACUCAUCCACUUUUAGUUUUUGUGAACCCCAAAAGUGGUGGGAAGCAAGGAGAACGAAUUUAUAGAAAAUUCCAGUAUCUACUAAAUCCUCGUCAGGUUUACAGUCUUGCUGGAAAUGGACCCAUGCCAGGGUUAAACUUUUUCCGUGAUGUUCCUGAUUUCAGAGUGUUAGCCUGUGGUGGAGAUGGAACUGUGGGAUGGAUUUUGGACUGCAUAGAAAAGGCUAAUGUAGUCAAGCAUCCUCCAGUGGCUAUUCUGCCUCUCGGGACCGGCAAUGACCUAGCAAGAUGCCUGCGAUGGGGAGGAGGUUAUGAAGGUGAGAAUCUGAUGAAAAUCUUAAGAGACAUUGAAAACAGCACAGAAAUCAUGUUGGACAGGUGGAAGUUUGAAGUCAUACCUAAUGACAAAGACGAGAAGGGAGACCCAGUGCCUUACAGUAUCAUCAACAAUUACUUUUCCAUUGGCGUGGAUGCUUCCAUUGCACACAGAUUCCACAUCAUGAGAGAAAAACACCCAGAAAAAUUCAACAGUAGAAUGAAGAACAAAUUUUGGUAUUUUGAGUUUGGCACAUCUGAAACUUUCUCAGCCACCUGCAAGAAGCUACAUGAAUCUGUAGAAAUAGAAUGUGAUGGAGUACAGAUUGAUUUAAUAAACAUCUCUCUGGAAGGAAUUGCUAUUUUGAAUAUACCAAGCAUGCACGGAGGGUCCAAUCUUUGGGGAGAGUCUAAGAAAAGACGAAGCCAUCGCCGAAUAGAGAAAAAAGGGUCUGACAAAAGAACCACGCUCACAGAUGCCAAAGAGUUGAAGUUUGCAAGUCAAGAUCUGAGUGAUCAGCUGCUGGAGGUGGUUGGCUUGGAAGGAGCCAUGGAGAUGGGGCAAAUAUAUACAGGACUGAAAAGUGCUGGGCGGCGGCUGGCGCAGUGCUCCUCUGUGGUCAUCAGGACUAGCAAGUCUCUGCCAAUGCAGAUCGAUGGGGAGCCAUGGAUGCAGACCCCAUGCACAAUAAAAAUUAUACACAAGAACCAAGCCCCAAUGCUGAUGGGCCCUCCUCCAAAAACCGGGUUGUUCUGCUCCCUCGUCAAAAGAACAAGAAACCGAAGCAAGGAGUAAUCCUGUAUCGCUUCAUUCUCAGAGAUCUAAUUAGCAUAAUUGGGCCAUGGAACACUUAUGUUGGAAAUCUUUGAACAAUUCCAAGUCUCCUGCUCAUGCAAAAUCAUGGAAUUGGUUUAACAGUUUUUGUUACUGAGCUAAUGUAAAAUUCAGCUAUUAGAAAAUUUAAUGUCUCAGUUUUUAUAGGCAUCUUUGCAUGAAGAAAGCAGAAGUUUACAUGAAGUGAUACUGCAUAUUUUUGUGGCAUGCAUUCCCAUAGGUUUUUAUGUCUCCUACCCAUUCCUUCCCCAGUUUCCAUUUACUAACCUGUAAGAAAAAUCUGUACAACAACAAAAAAGGAAAUAUCAUGGGAAAUGUGAUUCCAGUUAUUAAUAAGCAGUACUUAAUAAUGCUACAGUGAUCAUAAUUGCAGAUUGCUAUACUUCUCCCUUUUAGAAUCAGUGUAUCAAUGAUCUUUGACCUAUGACUUUAGGAGAAACUUUUAAUUGAAAGAUUUUAUUAAAUAGUUGUCUACUUGCUGUAUCUAAACAGUUUUUCUUCAACAUCUUGAUGCUUCUGAGUGGAAUUCAAAAUAUGAGGUAUAAAGUUUUCUUGUGCUAAAAAAUAGGAAGUGGUUUUUAUUUUGUUUGGUUUUGUUUUUAAUUCCAGACAUAAGUGAAAACAUGUUACUUGGCAGUAAAGUGUGUUAAUAUGGAAAGCCUUAUUCCCUUCUGCAUGUGAAUUUAGAAGAAAAUUCUUAAUCACAACAGUAACCAAAUAGAUGUUUGAAACUAUGUGCCUAAUAAACUGUUUCCCACCAAAGAUUCAGAAAAA